GCUUACUCAUCACGAGUUCGGAACUGAAUCCACUUUGGCAAGUAUGAGAUGCAUCUAGACCUGAUCAACGGCUAGGAGGCUUCUGCUAGAGCAAUAAUCUGCUUUUAUACGGUGCCGGCUCGCACUCCGGAAUCAUGGAAUUCUGGAAUCAGAACCCUCUGCUGUUUCUUCAACUAUGGGGCAUUUUUUUCAUCAUCGCCGAACAACUGAGUGGUUUUGCGCCGCCGCCGCCUGAAGACACACUCCUUACUCAGGCGGAAUGGAAACGACGGCUUAGGCUUGAUCUUCUCCAUGCCAUAAGAGAGGAAACAAGUGGAGAAGAUUUCAGAUCAGACAGGGCAACUGUACACAAGGAAUCUUCAUUGGAGAAUAUCAAAGCACCUAUUUUCGCAAGAUUCGCAAAACAAAAGUUAGAGGGCAUUCGGAUUGAGCAAUUGUCAUAUCUUCCACGAGCAUCGAUCUACCACAACUUCAUUAGCAAGGAGGAAGCUACCUACCUCAUCGAUAAAGCUCUGCCUAGGUUGGAUAUUUCAAGAGUUAUCGAGCAAGUGCCCCCCCGGGCGCAUCUGAUCCCCCCGCGAAGGGCUCCUGCGAUCGACCAGUCUACGGCGUGACCGUACUUUUCGAGGGCUUAAGCGUGCAUGAGGUUGCGCCUCAAAGGGUUACGAAGUGACGGAGCACUGCUAAAUGCC